AUGGUGGUUCUUAAGAACUGUGAUGAUCAAGGGAAUAAUGAUCCGGCACAUCAGGAAUUUACCUCCAGAGGACCCUCAGUGAGAACAAACUUAACAUUACAACAUUAUCAAGCUGAUCUGGGCCCAUCGGAUGCCUCUUUAUGCUCACAGGACUGGGUUACGGCAGGAGGAGUGGCCUAUUUCUUCUCCAAAGAGGAAGGGGACUGGAACGCCAGCCAGAGCUACUGUUCUUCCUGCAGUGGUUCACUGGUGGCAAUUGAAAAUGAGCAGGAAAUGGAGUUCAUCAUGAAAAAUAGAGAUCCUGCAGAAUAUUGGCUUGGCCUCCAGAGGGAGAAAGUACGGCAGCCCUGGAAAAGGACGAAUGGUUCUGUCUUCAAGAACUGGUAUUCCAUUCAGGGCGAUGGUCUCUGUGCCUACCUUAAUGACCAAGUGGUCAGUUCUACGUGGUGUACUAACAGUCGAUAUUGGAUAUGCAAGAAGAUUCUACAUGGCUCUUAA